AUCUUCUCAAAUGCCGCUUUAUUUAUAAGCUACUUGAGCCCUUACUUUCAACAAAAACUGCUUGAGUACAUUUCCGAUCCCCAAGGCCGCUCUAUCAACGUUGCAUAUGUCUAUGUACUGGGCAUGUUCGCUGUUGGAUUAAUCAAACCGUGUUUCAACGGCAUUAAUUUAUGGCUCAGUAGGCGUUGGAAUGUCCGCACUUAUUCUAUGCUGAACAGUGAAAUUUACACAAAGACUCUAAAGCGCAAGGACACAUCUGGAAAAACUGCACUAAAAACAGGCAAAGACGAUGAAGAUGAUGAAGAUGAAGAUCCAGAAAAUGAUAAAAAGCCUUUUAGUAGCAUUGGAAAAAUCACCAAUUUGAUGAGCAUGGAUUCAGAUUAUCUGGCGGAUUUGCCUUGUUAUAUUUAUAUGCUUUACAAUUCCCCAGUUGAAGUAGCUGUGGCUAUGAUCUACCUUUACCAGCUACUCGGAUUUGCAGCACUCAUUGGUCUAUCUGUCAUUAUCCUUUCUUCCCCGUUUACCGCAUACAUAUCUAAAUUAAUGGACAAGGUUUACAGAGAGCAUGCAACAUCCAAAGAUAAGCGGAACAAUUUGGUCAACGAGUUGCUUCAGGGUAUUCGCAUGGUCAAAUAUUUCGCUUGGGAAAACAAUUGGAAGGAGAAAGUUAUGAAGGCACGUGGCGUAGAAGUCAAGAAACUUAUCCGAGCCAUCAGUGUUUCAGUCAUGUUUUCCGUCAGUUAUCUUCUUGUUCCAGUACUGGUCUCUUGCUCUUCGUUUAUCUGGUAUACAAAAGUGGCCGGAAAUGAGCUUACUGCAAGUGUAGCAUUCGUUAGUAUCACAUUGUUUGAGAUGCUCCGUCGUCCCUUGAGUGUAAUUCCUGACACCAUGGGUACAUUGACCGAGGCUUGGGUCAGUCUAAAGCGUAUUGCGUCGUAUAUGGAUGAGCCUGAAAUUGGGGAUGGUAUAAUUAAUGCACCCAUAACUGUUCCAAUGGGAGUCUCUCCUGAUGCCAUUCUUGCUCGCAUCGGUGUUGAGGAAUCAGUUUUCCGCUGGCAUUCUGGUGAGCCCGAAGCCGAAGAUGCUGUUGCCGCUGAAGUAGAUCCAGAUGAACACCCUGUCUUCUCACUUACAGUUCCUGCUUUUGAGUUUCCUACCUCCAAACUUAGCAUUAUCUGUGGCCCAACCGGAAGUGGAAAGUCUAGUUUCUUGUACGCCCUUUUGGGAGAAAUGGAUAUUGUCUCUGGACGUGUUUACUUGCCUUCCAGGAACAAAUUAGACCUUGAUACUUAUUCCAUCAUUGAUUCCAAGUAUCCCUCUCUCGUCUUAAAUAAGGUUGCUUAUGUAGCCCAGCAAGCCUUUUUACAACAUGCCUCGAUCCGUGACAAUAUUUUGUUCGGCCAAGAGUUCGAUCCAGUUCGUUACAAAAAGGUGCUCUCCCAGUGCGCCCUCGUCAAGGAUUUGUCUAUCUUGCCUGAUGGUGACCGUACAGAAAUUGGUGAAAAGGGUAUCUCUUUGUCUGGCGGCCAGAAACAACGUGUCUCUUUGGCCCGUGCUGUUUAUUCACAUGCAAAGACCCUACUUUUGGACGACUGCCUUAGUGCUGUUGAUGCACACACUGCCAAGCACAUCUAUCAGCGUUGUAUUAAAGGCGAUCUUCUUAAGGGGCGCACAGUAAUUCUGGUUACCCAUCAUGUACGCCUUUGCUUACCUGCCGCCAAAUUUGUCAUGAGAUUUGAGCGUGGUUACGUAACUGGCUAUGGUUCUGUCGAGUCUCUUAGAGAAGAUGGUUCUCUGAUCCGUAUUUUGGGUGACGAAAUUAUUGAAGACAACACAGAAGCUGAAGAAGAACUUAUUGAACAAGCCGACGAGGAAUUUAGUCUAGUUGAUGACAAGGCGGUAGUCAAUAAUAUGAUUAAAGAAGAAAAGUCUGAGAAAGGACAAGUGAAAUUCAAGGUGUACAUGACGUACUUUACUGCCUGUGGUGGCUGGUUCUUCUGGACUGUUCUACUUCUAUCAUAUGUCGUUUCUCGUAUAUUUGUAUUUGGAGAGAACUGGUGGCUGAGACUUUGGGUUGCAAACAGCACCAGGUCUACAGAUUCCGAUAGCUUCUUGGUUAAUACUGCAGUCCCUGUCGUCUUAAAUGUAUUGUCCCAAGUCAAUGAUACCACCAAAAGCCAAAACGUAUUCCGCGCUUGGGUACACGAGGAAGAUCAGCCAAGAAGUGUUGACUACUACAUUCUUAUUUACCUGUUCAUCUGUUUGGCUGCAAUUUUCAUUGAGAUGCUUCAAAAUGUUAUACUUUACUGGGGUUCUAUUCGCGGUGCCAAAACUUUGUUCGAAGAAAUGUUGGAUAGGAUUGUUCAUGCCCCUAUGCAUUUCUACGACACCACUCCCGUUGGUCGUAUCCUCAAUCGUUUUGGCAAGGACAUUGGAACCGUGGACAUGAAUAUAGCUCCCACAGCAAGCAAGUUUAUUGAUUGUAUAACUGGUUUUAUUGCGUCCGUUAUUGUCAUUGGUGCUAUCACUCCCCAGUUUAUCAUCGUUGCAAUUGUUAUUGGCGCUACGUAUGUCGUUAUGGGUGUCCUUUAUCUACGUGUUUCCCGUCAGUUUAAGCGUCUUAACUCUGUCAGCCGAUCGCCCAUUUACUCCCACUUUACCGAAACACUAACUGGAAUCAUUACUAUCCGUGCUUAUUGUCAAGAAGAAAAAUUCUUGCUCGAUUUUUACAAAAAAGUUGAUGGAUAUAUUUCACCUUUUUACCUUUUGUGGAUGAGCAACCGCUGGCUGUAUGCUCGGGUUGAACUUGCUGGUGCAUUUGUCUCUCUGUUUGCCAGUAUUUUUAUCGUAUUAAACCUUGAUACUAUUGAUGCUGGUAUGGCCGGUAUCUCGCUUUUCUAUGCCCGUUCCUUCUUGGAUAAUAUUUAUUGGAUUAUUCGUCAGUACACCCAAAUAGAAAUUAAUCUUAAUUCUGUUGAGCGUGUUCAAGAAUAUCUCGAGAUUGACCAGGAGCCUCCGUAUAUCAUCGAAGGAAGCCGCCCCCCUGCUGCCUGGCCUACUACUGCAUCUGUUGAAGUAAAAGAUCUUGUGAUCAGAUAUGCAGAAGAUCUUGACCCUGUACUUCAUGGAAUCUCUUUUGACAUUCGCCCCCACGAAAAAGUGGGUAUUGUUGGACGCACUGGGUCAGGAAAGAGUACCCUUGCUCUUAGUUUCUUCCGUUUCAUCGAACCAAGCAGCGGCAGUAUCAUUCUCGAUGGAAUUGACAUUACUCAUAUUGGCGUGCAAGAUCUUCGUUCCAAGCUCACUAUUAUUCCCCAAGAUGCCGUUUUGUUUUCUGGAACUAUCCGUUCCAAUCUUGAUCCCUUUGAAGAAUACACAGACAGUGCGGUCUGGGAAUCUCUCGUUCGAGCCCACCUUGCUCCUGAAGACCGCGAUGAGGAAGUCCCAGAAGGAAAUGCUACCUGGGCUGUCACUAGUCUUAGCCAAACUGUGAGCGAUGGUGGUAACAACUUCUCUCAAGGUCAACGUCAACUGCUCUGUAUGGCCCGUGCAUUGCUCAAGAACAGCAGACUUAUUAUUAUGGACGAAGCUACUGCCAGUGUUGAUUUCGAGACCGACAAGAAGAUUCAAAGCACAAUUCGCGAGGAGUUUGUUAACUCGACUUUGAUCUGCAUUGCCCAUCGCCUGAGAACUAUUAUAGAUUAUGAUCGAGUUUUGGUGCUUGAUCAGGGUAAUGUUGUUGAAUAUGACACACCUGCAAACCUGUUGAUAAAUGGUGCUGGCACUGGUUUGUUUAAAUCAAUGUGUGAAAAUUCUGGUGAACUUGAUUUGUUAAUCGAAAUGGCGCAA